UGAAUUAUAUUGUAUCUUAGAAAAAUGUGUAUUGUAAUAACUUCGUUUAAGAAAUGUAUUAUAUAUUAGACAUCAUCCUUCGUUUUAACAUUGUUACAUGUACGCAUAUGUGCAAUGGCAAUUGCAUGCAACUACCUAGUAGCAAAGUUCAACAGUUUCCCCUAGGAAAAGAGCGUGGUCGCACGAGCCUCGUUGUGUUUCGUCAGUUCACGGCCGCUCGCAACGAGAUGGAACACGAACGUUUGAUUGUGCAGUAUAUCAAGGCGAACAACUGUUUCACCGGUCUCUCGAAUCACUGGACGCGCCGUAUGGCAACUGAGGAAAAUGUGAUCGAAGUAACGCGCGACACGAGUGUGUAUUACUUCUCUUUUCUUACGUCCAACGUUAUUUCGAACGGCACGUUAGGCAUCGGAGCGAUUUUUGCGAGAAGCCUGAACAUACAAGAAGGGGACGAGGUGUUUGUGUCCACUGUAAAACAAGUCUCCUCGUUGAGCAGUAUUAAUGUCGUUCCCCUCACGAUGAACGAUCGUGAGCUUCUGGAAUUGCAAAUGGAAAAGGUGCAGUCGAGUCUCUUGAGUCAAGUGAGAGUCGUCGCGAAACGGCAGCCGAUCGUGGCCUGGGUCUCAAAAUUCUCCUCCGUAACUUUUGUCGUAGAGGAUUUAGAACCGAGAUUUUCGUACGGGCUUCUGCAACAGUUCACAGAGGUGCACGUGCUCGAUGCGGAUGCAACGAGGAAAAACGCGGACGUUAUCGAGCAGCCCGGCGUAAUGCGCAAUGCUCUGGCCAGGAUCUUACCUUAUUUUUCCAAGGAGCACAAUGCGGACGAUAACGCGUCGAACUGCGCGUUGCUGCAGGACUUUCGCAAGAGAAGCCUGCCUCGUGUGUUUCGCGUGUAUCCUCUGCCGUUCACGAGCACCAUAAAUCCCACCGGUUUGAUACUGAGAGCACCCAGCCACAUUCUGAUACCGAGACGCUGUUUGCCGAAGAGCGCGAGGUCGGCGACCGGGAGAAUAAUGUGUAAGGUCAAGAAAGUACCGGAGGAACGGCAGCGGGUCAACGACAGCGGCACGAAUUUUUUGCGGGACGGCGAUUCGUCCGUUCUUUCCAAAGUUUCCGACGAGCUCACCGCGCGGAUUUACGUUCUCGAGGACGUCUUAGAAAGGGGCGAUGUUCCCGACACGGGUUAUUUCGACUUGGACUCGAUUCACUCGCGUGCUUACGCGUCGGACAGUCUGAGGAUCAGCCUGCAAAUAGGAGCGGGAAGCAGGAUGGUCGUGCAGCUAAUCGAGGAGAGCAGACGACCGAAGCCGACGUCGUUGGACGUCUUUGCCGCGGAGGGCACGACGGUGCAGGAUUUCCGAAGCUACGUGAAACUCUACUCGAGGGACCAGCCGUUGCUGCUCAAUUCCCGCUCGAUUUUGCUCGACCAAGGCAGACGCUACGUCGUGCAGAUGUCGCCCGAGGAUUGCGAUUACGCGUUCCUGGACGACAAGGAUAUCGAGAGCCUGCAUGUACGCGUUCAGCCCGCCUUGUACUCCGCCAACGCGGAGAUCUUGGAGGCCCACUGCUCGGAAGAUUUGAAACUGGGGAAUACUUCCACGAGAUGUGUGGAGAGCGUUCUCGACAGUUGCGAAAAGGCGCUCGAUCUCGGCCUGGGCUUGCGAAUUAAACCGGACACGAAGGUGAACUUCCUCUACGAUCGGGAAAAUAUCCUGAUCUGCGGCGACCUGGGCUCUGGCAAAACGACCGUCUGCAAAAUACUGAUCGAUCGUUGCCGCAAGGAGCCGUGCUUCGUGCACACGCGCGUGAUCGAUUGUAGAUCGCUGAAAGGCAAGAAAGUCGAGACAGUGCAGAAGAUCUUUGCGUCGGCCAUGAACGAAUGCGUGUAUCAUCAGCCGUCUAUAUUGUUUAUGGAUGAUUUGGAGUGCAUCACUAAUGCCUCGUUAAACGACGAGGAAAAUACGGUAGACGCGACGAACGCCUCCAGAAUCACCGAUAUGCUGAUCAACACUGUCACGCAAUACCAGAAGUCCCAUUACAUCUCGAUCGUCGCCACUUGCAUGAGCGUAAACAAGAUCGGUUUGAAAUUACGACCGGCAAGGGGGACGCAAUUCUUUAGGACUGUCCUGUCGAUUCCCAAUCUCAACAAGGAGCACAGAAUCGAUAUUUUGCGAACAAGACUCAAGGACAAAUUGCCCGAGGACAUGGGCUGGGAUCACUAUGGGAACAAGACUGAGGGCUGGAUGCCUCAGGAUCUCGUCGACCUGUCGGAGAAGGCGAUAUUUGCCGCAUGGAAGCGUCACGCGGCGGCGAAAUCCGAAUCGCGAGUGAUCGUGACGGAGGAGGACAUGAGUGUCGCGCUGGAGAAUUUCACGCCGAUCUCCAUGCAGGACGUGCAGCUGCACAAGAAAGGCGGUCACUCUUGGUCCGACAUCGGCGGACUGUCGGACGUGAAGAAUUCCCUCACGGAAAUUCUGCACUGGCCGCUCAAGUAUCCGGAGAUCUUCAAGAACGCCCCGAUAAAGCUCCAGAGCGGCGUCCUGUUGUACGGGAUGCCCGGCACUGGCAAGACGAUGCUGGCGAAAGCGAUAGCCAGUGAAUGCGGCGUGAAUCUGAUCAGCAUUAAGGGCCCAGAAUUGCUGUCGAAGUACAUUGGUGUUAGCGAGGAAUCCGUGAGAAAUGUGUUCGAAAGAGCCCGUCGCGCUAAGCCGUGCGUUCUGUUCUUCGACGAGUUCGACAGUCUUGCGCCCAGACGUGGGCACGACAACACUGGGGUGACCGAUCGGGUGGUGAACCAGUUGCUGACGCAGCUCGACGGAGUUGAAGAUCGCGAAGGGGUGGCUAUCGUGGCUGCGUCCUCAAGGCCCGACAUGUUGGACCCAGCCCUGCUAAGACCGGGACGUCUCGACAAGUGUUUGCAUUGUCCCUUACCGAACGAGGAGGAAAGAAGAGAGAUCUUCAUGACGCUGUGCAACUCCCAAAACGUAGACAGUGCGAAAUUGGAUUUGGAGGAAUUGACGCGGCUCUCCGAUGGAUUCACAGGGGCUGACAUCAAUGCGACGAUUAUUCAGGCGAGAUUGGCAGCGUACGAGAACGCCGUGGCGACUUCGACCAACGGCAAAAUCGACGCAUCCGACAUCAAAGUCGUGCAGAAGCAUCUCGUGGACUCCGUCAAAUCGAUCAGGCCGUCCUUGUCCGCCGCGGAAAAGUCGAAAUACACCAACGUUUACGCCAGGUUCUCCAAGGAUGAUACUUAUGUGGAGGAUGUCUCGAAGAACCAGAAAGCGACACUGGCUUAAUCAGAGACGCUAAUCCGCGCUUCUCUAUGCGCAUUUUCCAAAGAUGAACAUAUUUUUAUACCAAAAUAAAAGAAAAGGUGUGCGUAUAUUGUUGGAAACGUAUGCAAAAAUAACAUAAAUCAAAC